AUGACCGAGUACAAGCUUGUUGUUGUUGGUGGCGGUGGUGUCGGCAAGUCCGCCCUCACCAUCCAGCUCAUCCAGAACCACUUUGUUGAUGAGUAUGACCCCACCAUUGAGGACUCGUACCGCAAGCAGGUCAUCAUCGACCAGGAGACGUGCCUGCUGGAUAUUCUUGAUACCGCCGGACAGGAGGAGUACUCGGCGAUGCGUGACCAGUACAUGCGGACCGGCGAGGGCUUCCUCUGCGUCUACGCCAUCACCUCGCGCUCGUCGUUUGAGGAGAUCACCGCGUUCCGCGAGCAGAUCCUCCGUGUCAAGGACGCCGACGCUGUCCCGAUCAUGAUCUGCGGCAACAAGUGCGAUCUCGAGUCGGAGCGCCAGGUCUCUGCUGCCGAGGGCGAGGAGCUUGCCAAGUCGUUCACCGUCCCGUUCCUCGAGACCUCAGCCAAGACCCGCGUCAACGUCGAGGAGGCGUUCUUCCAGCUCGUCCGUGAGAUCCGUCGCAUGAAGAAGGACGACUCGGCAGGCGGCAAGCCCGCGGGCAAGAAGAAGAAGUGCCUCAUCCUUUGA